ACACCACCGAAGCAGUGAGGGCUCUCAUCCACUCUUCCUUACUUCAAGCUUAUUUUUUAGCACUAAGGCUUGUCCUCACCUACUGCUGAAGCUGACUAAAGGUCAGUUUAGACGUUUUCUCUUCUCAAGACCUUUGUUUUUGAAGAAACAUCCUUGAAGUAACACGUGACGGAUGAAUGUGUAGUUUGAGUCGCAGUAGUAGGUAAACAGUGUGUUAGCUGCUAUGCUAAGCUAACAGACUGUUAAAGCACACCAUCUUACAUAGGUCGUAGGUACUGAAAACGUGUUUCCAGUCACCAGAGUGAGCUGACUGCAUAAACCGUGAGAGAAACUGUCUGAGGGAUGAAUCCACUGGACUGGGAUAACGAUCAUAUCCGGUCAUUCCUGAGAAAUCUGAAUUCAAAUCAGCAGGAUGUUGUCAAUAACAACAUGACCAAUGAAGAGUGGAGCACACACUGCAAAUAUGCAAGACACACUGUUGAUGAAGCUCAGAGCAGCAUGGGAGUGAAUGUGGGAUGGAAUGAACUCAGUCAUCCCUCCAAUAACGUUUCCAUUAAGGGAUCAGAAGUCCAGGACCCAGAUGGAGAUCCACUUGAAAUGGACAAAGAGGAUCCAGAGCUGGCGAGAAAGCGUAAAGAGCUUCGAGAGAUAGAGGAGCGAAUAUUAUUUAAGAAAGCUGCUAUUGCCCUGAAAAAAGUUGAACCGGUUGUGAAGAAGACAACGUGUCCAGACCUUUCCUGUAAUGAAGCAGGUGCAUGCAUUGGUGCAACUCUUAAAGACAGGGUGAAUUUAAUUAUGCAGCAACAACAUCCUGUUGGCUUCCUGUCAAAGGUCCGUUCACCCAAAGAGAGAAGGAACUCAUCCCGCCUGAAGCAAGGUGGUCUGCUGCAGGACGACCAUCCCCUGAAGCUCAGAGUGAAGGCACUAAUGAAGCAGAGAUGUCGUGAUCCAUGUGUUUUGCCAGCAAGCAGAGAGGUCCCUGACCUCACACCACAGCCUCCCAGCCGAAGCGUUACUUCACCAGCCGAUGAGAAUGGCGUCAACAAGGGUUUCCAGCGCUUCCUCAGCAUUCUCAACAAAGGAGUGGACAUCGACUUCUUAAGUAGGAUUGUCAACGAUGACAGUGAGGAUCUCCCUUUAGGUGAGGAGCUCCUCAAUAUUCAGCCCCCUGCUGUAGAGGACAAGUCAGAUCCAACCUUCGGGAGAGAAAGCCAGCAAUCAGAUAGUGGAGCUUCGUUGCCGGGCAGCAGUCGGACCAACAGUGGAGAGAGGAGGAUUGACCCGCCAAGUCAAGAGAGAUCCCUCAGUGAGAGACUUUCCCUAUCUGAUGAUGACGAGAAGAAGAACGAUAGGAGUCGAUCCAAGUCUCCCACUCCAGUGAGGAAGAAGAAAGAAGAACACAAACCAAAGGUGGACGAGCAGCGUGAGCAGCUCCAGAACAUUCUUAAAUCUCUGGGGUUGAGCCUGGAAGUGGAAGAGAUGAGCAAAUUAGCAGACCGGACUCAGGAGAGGCUGUAUGGGAAGAAGCAUGAAGACACAAGAGUAGAGCAUGAGAGUCGGGAAAGGGGCUCUCAAAGACAUAACAGUAACUCCUCCUCUUCCUCUUCCUCCUCCUCCUCCUCCUCCUCGUCCUCAAGGUCAAGCUCUAGAAGCUAUAGUCGAAGCCCCUCUCGCCGUCGGUGCUCCCACAGCAGAGAAUCGAGACGAAGGUCUGAACGCAGCCGCUCGAGAAACAGAAAUGGAGAUGGACUGAGAUGCCAUGACGGUAACAAGGACAGCAAAGAAGAACUAAGGUACAGGGACAAAGACGAAACGUACCCCAAAGUAAUCUCUUCUUAUCAACAUCCAUAUCCACAAAACCAUACGUAUCCCCACCCUGCUGCUCUUUCUGCAUUUCCAGGAUACAGUUUGUCCCAACACUCACAGUACACUGCCUACCACAGUGGCACCUACAGCGCUGCUUCACAUUCUUACUGGACACCCCCUCUGGGUGCCGUUCCUCCCUUCUUUUAUAAUAGCGGGUGUCCUUAUCCACAACACACCUACCAACACUUUCCAGGCUCUGUAGUGGCACCUAACAUGGAUUAUUCCCAUCAGCCCCACUCUUCUGACAUUAACCUAUUUGGGAAUCCAGAUCUGUCUAAGAGUGAAGGCCAAACAGGAUCUGCUUCAAACAGUCGCUGCCUGCAGGUCAUCAGCACUAAGCAGCCAACCGCUGUACGUUGUCUACAGACACUCACAAAAGGCACCAAGUGGAAGGGCAAGUUAGAAACUCGCUCAAAGAAAAGUCGUUUGCGAAAGAAAAACGCUUUGUGGAAACAACGAAGAAUGGCAGCAAAACAGAAAGACAAUUUGGUGAAAAAGGUGGAGGCUCCGCAGCUCAAUGAAGAUGACUCUAAAGCCGAGCAGCCAGGAGAAGAAAAACGGCCGCCAACGGAGGAGGAAAUAAAAGCAAACUUGAGGAAAAAGCUUGAAGCAUUUAACCAGAAGAUGAAGCAAAAAGUCACACAGCCAGCCAACUCCCUAACGUCUCAGACUAGUUGAAAUGUGUGGAUCGUCAUGACUUCCUGUCUGAUGAUUUGCACCUGCUGUGAUCCCUGACCGACCAUGUGGACCUCAUGUUCAACAUUCACUAUUUACACAUGCAGUUAAUAGUGUUACAGGAUCAUUUAGUGUUUAACCGUAUUUCCAGAUUUGUACUGAAUCAUUCUAGAACUCUAACAACUAAAUUAUUUCUUCCUCAAAAGAAUAUAUUUUUGUGCCGUUAAUUGCCAGUUUGGGUUGAGACAGGUUUUACCCAUAUCAGCUCUACAUUCCUGUGAAUAUUACUACUUUGUAACUCUGUUUAUAAAAAGCCUUUUUUCUUCUUGGUGCUGAAUACAUUUGAUUUAACAAAGUAUGUUUUGCGGUUUUUGUCUUAACCUAUUGAUAAAUAUAUUUUUUUAAUCUUAAAAGUAUCAGAUCCAGGUAUUUUGCAUUGAAAUUGCUUUUCCUAGUUAAGCCUUCAAAAAAUUGAAACCUUAAGAGUAGAUGCUAAAUCUGCAGUUCUCUUAAGAUGUAAUUCUGACCAGGGCAACACUGUAAAACUCCUUAGCACAUGUUAACAUUGAGCUGUAAGUAGAGCUUAGGCAGAGAAAAGGACAGCUAAAAUGAACAAAAUCAAGCUGAGCUUGACAAAGUUGAGCUUGCAGACGUAAAUUAAGCCAAUUGUGAAAAUGAAGAGCUAAACCUGAAAGGUUUUAAUUGUGAAAUGAUCAGUGUACAGUAGAUGAGCCGUUUAUAGACCCUUUGAGUCAACACAGCCUUAAUGUUCUCCCAACUUUUGACUUACCCUUCAAAGGCUGAGACUCAGC